GUGGCUCAGUUGGCGCGCACGCCUUUUUGGCAACGAAAACAGAAACAGGCGCGCGCGGGUAAGCAAGUCGUUUUUCCAGAAAUAUUUUCAAAGUGGGAUUUUUCCGUCUCGAAAAGCGACUCUCGGGGCUAAUUGUGCAACGUAUUCGCGUGUUGUUGCUGCUGUUGUUCAAUAUUAUUGCUGUUAAAAAACCGCGCGCUCAAUAUUUCGAAAGUGCGGAGCCAAAUUCACAGAAAAUAAUUUUUGAAAAUUGUAAACAAGCAAUUGCACAAUCUACAAUAUCUUGAUCUGCACAAUUUAUAAUUCAAUAGUCGAGGUAUCAGAUGCUCAAACAAUAACCCACAAAUACUUGCACACGAAAUUUCGAAAUCAAUUGCAAUUGUGAAUUAACUGGAAUUUACGAUCAUUCGACUUUGAGCCAAAGUAACACAAUUGACCACAUUUACGGUCAGCAUGGAGGAAUCCAAGAUCAAGAACAUUAUGAACGGCUAUGCCAAGGCUAUAGAUGGUCAUCAACACCUCAUCACCGAUUUUAAGGAUGAAUCGCCGAUGCAAAUGUUUUACAAGGACAAGGGCGUUUUUCUCACAGGCGGCACGGGCUUCUUUGGCAAAAUUAUCAUCGAGAAGCUGCUGCGCGUCACGGAAGUGGGUCAAAUAUAUUUGCUGAUACGCACAAAAAAGGGCAAAGAUGCUUUUGCACGCAUCGAGGAUCUCUUUAAUGAUCCGGUUUUCGACCAAAUGAAGGCAUGCAAUCCGAAGUAUCGCUGCAAAAUUACAAUAAUCAGCGGUGAUUGCUCACUGCCGGGCUUGGGGAUUUCGCCAGACGAGCGGGAAACCAUAAAAGAAAAUGUUAACAUUGUCUUGCACAGUGCGGCCACCGUUCGCUUCGAUGAAAAGCUGAAAAUGGCGAUUGCCAUAAAUGUGCAUGGCACCAAGGAAGUCAUAAAAUUGGCCAAAGAGAUUGUGCACUUGAAGGCCCUCGUGCAUGUAUCGACGGCAUUUGCGCAUUGCAAUAUGCGUUACAUACAGGAGAAAUUCUACAAUCCCAGCAUUACUGGCGACAAUGCCUUCAAACUGAGCGAAUGUCUGGAUGAGACGACCCUCAACGCCCUAGCGCCGACCAUCAUCAACGGUUAUCCGAACACCUAUACCUUCACCAAAGUGCUGGCUGAGAAUGUGGUGCAGCAGGAUGCACAGAACUUACCGGUGACCAUCUUUCGGCCAGGCAUAGUGAUCACUACAUAUCGUGAGCCGAUUACUGGCUGGAUUGACAAUAUGUACGGACCGUGCGGUGUCAUUGUGGGCAUCGGAUCGGGUGUGAUGCGAGUGUUCACCGGGGAUGUGGACAACAAGGCGCAUAUUGUGCCUGUGGAUAUGUGUGUUAAUGCCCUGCUGGCAAGCGCCUGGGAUAUUGCCCGUAACACCUAUGAUGUGCCGCCCAUUUACAAUUAUGUGCCCGAUGCUGAAAAUAUGGUUACUUGGCGACGUUAUAUGGAGGAUGGCUUUGCGUAUGGCUGCGAUAUACCCAUGAGAAAAUCUAUUUGGUAUCCCCGCUUCACGAUCGUCCCACAUAUGUGGCAAUAUAACAUUUUGUGCUUUUUCUAUCACGUACUGCCCGCCAUGUUUAUGGAUAUGAUUAUGGUGGUCAUUGGCAAGAAGCCUAGAAUGAUGAAGAUCUAUCGUAAAAUUCAUAAGUUUAGCAACGUCUUGAAGUUCUUUAGCUCGAAUGAGUUCCGUUUUGAUAAUGAUAAUGUGCGCCAUUUGUUGGAGAAACUGGACGAUCGUGACAAGCGACUGUUUGCCUUCGAUAUGCGUCAGCUGGAUUGGACAAAUCUGAUUCGCGUGAGCCUGUAUGGCCUGCGUCUGUAUGUGGUGAAAGAUGAUCCCAGCAACAUUCCAGAGUCCAUCAAGCGUUAUGAACGCUUGAAGGUGCUGCAUUAUUCAACGCUCGCCAUAGUCUAUGCGUUAGCCUUCGGAAUACUUUACACGCUGCUGAAGUUCAUAUUUUAUAAUAUCUUAUGAAACAUUAUCUAUUACCCUUAUAAACUUCCAGGUCAUUCUGUCUUGCUAACAUUUUCGUUUCCCUAGCAUGUAGUCUAUUUAGGUUUAUGCGUGUAAUAUGCCCUUAAGUCAUACAUUUAAUGAGCUAUCCAAAAUUGUAUAGCUUAGUUCGUAAAUGCAUCUUGCUAAAGUUGAUUAUACACGUACUCACUACUCGUGUGUCAGUAUGUAGAUAAUCGAAUACAACAAUAAAAACGGCUUCACAUUUUUGGGAUAUGUUAAAAUA